AUGCUUUACAAGACGGCAAACAGGGUCAUUAACAGAAGCGAAGCAACAACAUUUUUGGAAGAAACAUGUUCGAGAAUCCUAUCAUUCUGCAACUCCAACGCUUUCAGAGAAGGUUCGUACAUUCACAGUCCCAUAGUAAAACUGGGUCUUCAACGCCAUUUAUAUUUGAACAACACCCUCUUGUCUCUGUAUAUAAAAUGCUUUGGAGUGGACAAAGGACGCCAUUUGUUCGACGAAAUGCCGCAGAAAGAUGUCGUGUCUUGGACUGCGAUCCUAUCGGCUUAUGCCAAGAGCGGAAACCAUGAAAUGGCCCUUCGAUUUUACGAUUCUAUGCUGAUAUCCGGGCAAUGCCCGAAUGAGUUUACAUUGUCGAGUGUGCUGCGUUCAUGUUCGGCAUUGGGAGAGUUUGGGUAUGGGACUUGCAUUCAAGGUUGUAAUAAGCAAGGGUUUGAUAUGAAUCCAGUUUUGGUCAGCGGAUUGAUUGUUUACUCCAAUUUUGAUUUAAUAGUUGAAGCUUCUAACUUGUUUAUUGAUAAGGGGAAUCAUGAUACUGUUUCUUGGACAAUGAUGAUCUCUUCAUGUGUUCAAGCUCGGCGAUGGAGUCAGGCUUUGCGACUUUAUGUCGAUAUGGUCGAGGCUGGGUUUACUCCAAAUGAGUUUACUUUUGUGAAGCUUUUGGGAGCUUGUGGUGUCCAUGGUUUAAGCUAUGGGAAAUUGGUUCAUGCUCACAUGAUAUUGUGGGGAGUCAAGUUGAAUGUGGUAUUGAAAACGGCUUUGGUCGAUAUGUACUCGAGAUGUCAAAGGAUUGAAGAUGCAAUAAAAGUCUCAAAUUCAACUCCCAAAUACGACUUGUUAUGGACUUCUCUUAUUUCUGGGUUUGCACAAAACUUCAUGUUUCGAAAGGCUGUUGCUGCAUUUCGUGAUAUGAGAGUCUCUGGUUUUAUACCGAAUAAUUAUACAUUUUCGAGCAUCUUGAAUGUUUCCUCAUUGAUGUUGUGUCUAGAACUUGGGCAACAGGUUCACUCGAGGGUGGUAGUGGCUGGUUUCGAGGAUGAUGUUUCGGUUGGAAAUGCUCUUGUCAACAUGUAUGUCAAAUGCUCUGAUAAGGUCGAUGAUGCGCUGAGAGUAUUUAGAGGAAUAAGCUUACCGAAUGUCAUUUCAUGGACCUCUUUGAUUGCAGGUUUUUCUGAACAUGGUCUCCAACACGAUUCGUUUCGCUUAUUUACAGAAAUGAGAGCAGCAGGAGUGGAACCAAAUUCUUUUACCAUCUCUAGCAUCAUUGGGUCCUUCAAUGCUGCAAAAUUGCUUCCUCAGGCACUAAUGCUACAUGGACAUGUUGUUAAAACAAACUUAUAUAAAGAUACGGUUGUUCAGAAUGCUCUUGUAGAUUUUUACGCCGGAUCUGGGCUUAUAGAUGACGCAUGGCGAAUAGUUGAUACGAUGAGUUGUAGAGAUGCAAUCACAUACACUACUUUGGCCUCAAGAAUGAAUCAAAUGGGUCGUCAUGAGUUGGCAUUGAACAUUAUCACUGAUAUGAAUAAUGAUGAUAUAAGGAUCGAUGAAUUCAGUACGGCCAGCUUCCUAUCUGCGUCAGCCGACUUGGGCACAGUGGUUACCGGAAAGCAACUUCACUGUCAUUCAGUAAAAUUCGGUUUGUGCAGGUGGGUUUCUGUUUUAAAUGGGCUUGUAAACUUGUACGGAAAAUGUGGAUGCGUACACGAUGCACAAAGAGCCUUCAGGGAGAUUGCAGUGCCGGAUACUUUUUCAUGGAAUGGGUUGAUAUCUGGAUUGGCGUCGAACGGGUACAUUUCCUCUGCCCUCUCUGCUUUUGAUGAUAUGAAAUUAUCAGGAGUUAGACCCGAUGCUAUUACAUUCUUGUCAGUGCUCUCAGCUUGCAGUAACGGUAAACUAGUCGAUCUCGGUCUCGAGCAUUUCCGAUCCAUGAGUGAAAUAUAUGAUAUAGUGCCACAGUUGGAUCACUAUGUUCACUUAGUCGAUAUACUGGGACAAAUCAGCCGUCUAGAAGAGGCUCUGGAAGUGAUACAAACAAUGCCCUGCAGAGCCAAUGCUUUGAUCUACAAGACCUUACUGCGAUCCUGCAAGGCACAUAGAAAUAUAACUCUAGCCGAAGAUAUGGCAAAACGAGGCCUUGAACUCGACCCAUCGGAUCCAGCAUUCUAUAUACUGUUAGCAAACUUGUACGAGGACUCCGGUCGAGGUGACUUAGUCGAGAGGACACUCAAAUUGAUGAGGGAAAAACAAUUGAGGAAGAAUCCUAGCCAGAGCUGGGUGGAGAUUCAGAACAAAGUUCACCUAUUCGUCUCAGGGGAAAGGUCUCAUCCACAGACGAAUGAAAUUUAUGAGAAAAUCGAAUCAUUCGAGGCCGAGUUUAAGAAUCAUGGAUAUCUACGUCGGGGCAUGAGAACUAGCGACUCGUAUCAUCACGGCGAGAAGCUAGCAGUAGCAUUUGGUCUUCUAAAUACACCUUCUAAGGCUCCUAUACAUAUAAUUAAGAACAGUAGUAUCUGCAGAGACUGCCAUGGCUUCAUAAAAUUUGUAACACAUAUGGUUGACAGGGAAAUAAUUGUAAGAGAGGGUAGCCGUUUGCAUUCCUUUAGAAAAGGGGAGUGCUCAUGUGGAGGUUAAUU